AUGCCAGCACGAAGCUUGGCUGGGUUGAUGGGCUGGGUGACCCGGGGGCUUGGCCCUUACCCGUCGCCUACUGCCGGACCCGCGCAGACCAAACUAACCGUCGCUCCAGCCACCUCGACCGAUCCCUUCACUCCCGGCCGACAAUCCACUCCCAUCACCGCCCACCUGACAUUCCCUUUCCUGCUUACAUUUUGCGAUUCUUUGGAUUCCGACAUCAAGCGAAAUCGUUAUUUUCGAAUCCUCGGCUUGAUCCGCUUGGGAGACCCCAGCCGGAGAGACACACCGGCGUUGAAACCAGUGAGAUUCCCCAUCCGAGUCCGAUUCCUUCGUGUUGAUCCUGGUGCGCUUAUCUCCUGGUCUCACGGUCUUCCUGCACACUGCGUGGAGGCGUGUGGCACUGGUGGCAACCGCUGGCCUCGUCCGAGCAUCCACUGA